GUUCGAUCGCUCUCGACCAAGUCGUCGUCGUCGUCGUCGUUGUCUGCCCAGUGCCCACUGGCGUCAGUAGCCGCGCCCAUCCCACUCCGCCACCUCGUCGCCCAGCAUGGCGAUCACUUUGAAACUACCCCGCAUGGCGCCGGUGCCGGAAUCGCACCGCCUCCUCAAGGCGUCGGCCAUGCCGGCGUACGCCUCUGUGCGCGCGUCGAGCCCGACGGCCGACGACGACGCCUACGACCGCGACUGCGAGCGCGGCGUGCCCAUCGUGCUCCGGCACUCGGCGUCCGGGCUCUACUCGCCGACACACAAUGCGGCGCCGCGUGCGUUCCCGAUGACGUCGCACGCGUCCUUUGGCCUGCUCGUGGCCAUGACGUUCAUGACGCUUUUCAUGUCGGUCGUCGGCGCCGGCAUGCUCAGCCUCCCGUACGCCUUUGCCUCCGCGCCAUUCGGGCUCGUGCUAAGCAGCUUGGUGUACGUCGGCCUCUCGAUGGCGUUUAGCGCCGACACGCUGCUGCGCGUCCACAUUGCCACGUCGCUCUCGACCUUCAACGCGCUGGCAUUUGCGGCGCUCGGCCCGUGGUUCUGCCACGUCGUGUCGCUGAGCACGAUCCUCGCGGUCUUUGGCGCGUGCGUCGGGUGCCUCGAGAUCGUCCACGACCUCGCGCCGUUCCUGCUCGAGCUCGUGGGAUUGCCCGCGUCGCAGCACGCGCCGACGAUCGUGCUCUGUGUCUUUGUGGCCAUCAUGUACCCGCUCACGUUGCUCAAGAAGCUCACGGCGCUUCGUUUCUCGAGCUACAUUGGCUUUAGCGCAGCGCCCGACCGCUGUGAUCGCGCCCAAGACAGAGUGCAACCGGUCGUGCUCACCACCGCGCACCUCAUGUCGAUGUUCAACUACGCGUUUGUGAUGCAUUUGAACGUCAUUCCGCUCUACGACAACCUGCGGCAAGCGACACACGAGAGCCGCCACACGCCCGGCGGCAGCUUCAUCUACCCGGACGCGUCGAAAGUCAUGACACGCAUCGUGUUUGCCAUGUCGACAGUCUGCAUCCUCAUGUACACCCUCUUUGGCUACAAUGCGCAUGCCAUGUACGGCGAUGCAACCAACGGCAACAUCUUGCUCAACCUCGAAGGCGAAGCGCUCAUGAACCUCCCACGCGUCGCGGUCUUGGCGACGAUUCUCUUUUCGUUUCCGCUGAUCUACCACCCGCUGCUCAUGCUCUGCGAGUCGUUCACGAUGCACAUCGUGUACCAGCAGCACCCGAAUUCGCCGACGGUCCACGCCGCGUCGCGCCCGGCGCGUGCAAUCGCAUCAAUUGCGCUCAUGGGCUUGCUCUUGUUCGUGGCGGCGGUCAUGCCCGGCAUCCAAGUGACCUUUUCGCUCACGGGCGCGAGCUGCGUGACGCUCAUCUGCUACGUGUUUCCGGGCGUGUGCUACCUCAAGCUUGUGCCUGCCGCGCCGACGUGGCGCAAGCUUCUUGUUGCGGGGAUUAUGGUCGUCGCGUCCGUCGUCGGUGUCAUUGCAACCGUCCUCGUCUGCCUUGGGACGGCCUUUUAG